CUCCCACUAUAUAUUUCCUUUCUAUCCCCCAUCUUGGAGCAUGUGAACUUUCACACUUUCCCUCCCCUUAUGCCGAUAACCUGAAACCCAAAAAUCCUCCCAAUUCAAAGCCCAAAACUUGUUCAUCAAAUCAAACCCAGUGAUCUGACUCACCCAUUUGCAAUUCGAUUUGAUUAAUCCUGCAAUCAAUCUUCCUGAAGCUUCCGAAUGGAGAAGACUCUGAUCAAUGAGUUAACCAGAGGGAUGGAGCUCACGGAGCAGCUCAAAACGCAGUUCGACACUUUUGCAUCUCCCGAAUCAUGCGAACUGCUAAUUCGGAAGAUCAUUUCCUCGUACGACAAGGCUUUAUCAGUGCUGAAUUUGGGUGAUUCGGUCGACCAAGUCCUUGCUGGCCGUAGCCAAAGCACCGAGGAUUCUGAGCCAUCUCUCAAGGACCAAUACUGCUCGAAUGUCUACAAGAAGAGAAAGACACUGCCCCAGUGGACUAAAGAGGUGAAGCUUUGCUCAGAAACAGGGCAAGGUUCUCUGGACGAUGGCUUUAGCUGGAGAAAAUAUGGCCAGAAGGUUAUCUUGGGAGCCAAUUUUCCAAGAGCCUACUAUCGGUGCACUCAUCAACAUGGACGAGGCUGCUUGGCAAGAAAGCAUGUCCAGAGAUCAGAUGAAGAUCCUUCAAUCUUCAAGGUUAUAUAUCGUGGAAGGCACACCUGUAAUCAGACUCGCCAAGUAACCCCUUCUUCAACCUCAAGUGGGAUUGAAUUCCCGGAACAGAUGAGUGGCCCUUCCUCCCGGCCAAUCUUCGAUGGCGAAAACUCCGGCCAGUCGCAAGACUUGUUCUUCAACUACGAGACAGCCCUUGCACUUAAAACUGAAGAGAUGAAUCCCUCCUUUUCGUUUCCUUGCUCGCUAAUCCAACCGGAUAACAUGGAAUCCAAUGUCUUCGCAGAAUUUCUCAAGGAGAAUGACUUUAUAUCUGCAGAGCCAUCGGAGUCUGCUUUCUAUAGAGUGUUGCCAGACCAAAUGGAUGACUUCAGAUUGGGUCAAAACUGGCAGCACUCGGAAUCUGAUGGUAAUGAGACAAUUUCAGCUCCGGGUUCGGUCACCAAUUCUCCGAUGGGGAACUUGGAUUUCACGCUGGAUCAAGUCGAUUUUGACCCGAAUUUCCCAUUCGACACUUGUGAACUCUUCUCCUAAAUCCCAGGAGAUCCUUUUUCCACCGAAGUUCCAAAUAAAACACACACACACACACACACACACAAAAAGAAAAGGAAAAAAAGAAAAGAAGAAAAAAAGACGGGGGGGUGGGAGGUAGUGGUUCGUCCUUGGCAAUUUUUGAUCCUAGAAGCCGGUGACUGGACAACGACGCCGCUCGUCACUGUCUAUUUUUAUCGGCCGACAGAGAGAUGUUUUCUUUUAGGAAGUAGUCACUAGUGGAGAAAGACAGUAUUAUAUAUAUAUAUAUAUAAAUAUAUAUGCUGUAGUUUCUCUGUUGUUUGUUGAGUAAUUCAUUAUAUCUAGGCAGCUCCCUACUUUCAGUUGGAAGAAUAACAUAACCUCUCUUGUAACACACACACACACUCAAUCGAGGAGAAGAGGUGUUGUCAAUAGGAUUUUACCAAUGCCAUGUGAGUUUGUUGAUAUAUUGACAAUAAUAAUUUAUGCUAAGCCAUCCCUAGCAGUUUUCUUGU